CUACCUCAUACAAUCCCCUCGCCCACCAUGCCUAUCAUUCGUAAAGCUCUCUACACCGCCGUCCUUGGCACCACGGGUGUGACCGGCCUUGCUUUCUUUACCACCCGCAAAAGCAUCAUUGUCCCCGUCCCAGCCAUAGACCCUAUUUACAGCUCCUCGGCCUACCUCGCUCAGAACCCCAAUAACAACCCCGUGACGCAAGAUAUUGUCAUCCGGCGCUUACCCCUAUCGAGUAUCCGUCCCGAGCUCCUCGAAAAGGAGGGCGCGCUCGUAGAGGCUGCCACGGCCGGCGUGUUCGGGGGUCUGGCAUACGAAUUCCAGCGCCGCUAUCUCGAGCGCAAAUACCGCAAUCCCUCCACUGAGACGGAUCUCUGGACGCGCUCCGCCAUUAACUCCUCUGAUUUCGCAAAAGGCACCAUCAUCACUGACCACUUCGAGGUCGUGGACCGGUCGCCGACGCAAGUGACGGUGCGCUGUGGCGGGUCGCCUAGGGAGCAGGGAGUGAGGGGGGGGGAUGGGCUGUUCAAGGUUGCAGCGCGUGUUGAGAAGGAGAGGGGGGAGGUGGAGUUGAGCUUGACGAGUGUGUUUUUCCAGGGGAAGGGGGUGGCGGCGGCCCAGCCGAUGUCGCCGUGGAUUAAGUGGCUGCAUGGGGUCUAUGGAAAACUCUGGAUAGAGGAUGCGGCGAGGAGGGUGAAGGUGUAG